UGGGAGAAACAAUGUUAGGUUUUGUGGGAUAUUUGUGAAAAUAAAUCCUUUUAAGGGUAAAAUUGGGAAGUAAAUAUUUUAGAUGGCACAGUUCAUUCUUACCAGUUUUAUAAAAGCGAUCCCCGCGAGUUUAGUACACUGGUUCUGCUAUCAACAAAAGCUUCCAGGAAUGGCUUCUAUGCCUCUCUUUCUUGGGAGCCCCUCCGCUCCAUACCAGCUACAUUCUGGGUCCAGAAAGCUGCCGGUUCGAUGCGCCGAUGAGCGCCAGGCGCUCUUUAGCCGGAUUGCUCCUGUCUACGAUAAUUUAAAUGAUUUGUUGAGUUUGGGCCAGCAUCGAAUCUGGAAACGUAUGGCUGUAUCCUGGAGUGGAGCUAAAAUGGGAGACCGUGUGCUGGAUUUGUGUUGUGGAAGUGGGGACUUGACAUUUCUUUUGUCUCGGAAAGUUGGACCUGACGGCAAGGUUAGUGGUCUAGAUUUCUCAGGGGAGCAAUUAGCAAUUGCAUCAUCCCGGCAACUCCUACUUCCAAAGCCCUGCAAUGAAAAUAUUGAGUGGAUUGAAGGUGAUGCCCUCAAUUUGCCAUUUUCGGAUGGUUACUUUGAUGCUAUUACAAUGGGUUAUGGGCUACGCAAUGUGAUUGAUAGGCCUAAAGCCAUGGGAGAAAUGUUUCGAGUUCUGAAGCUAGGUUCAAAAGUAUCCAUCCUUGACUUCAAUAAAAGCAAUGAGCAAUUUACCACCUCGGUUCAGGAUUGGAUGAUUGACAAUGUAGUUGUCCCAGUGGCAGCGCUCUAUGGUCUUUCAAAGGAGUAUGAAUAUUUGAAAACUUCAAUCAAGUCUUUUUUAACAGGGAAAGAGUUGGAGGAGUUGGCUUUGGAAGCAGGGUUUUCUGAUGCCAGACAUUUCGUGAUUGGUGGAGGUCUCAUGGGAAACUUAGUGGCCACUCGGUAGGACAGAGUUCAGGAUUGUAACUAUACAAGUAACACAAUUAAUUUAUGGAGUCUCAUGUGUUGGCAGGAUGUUGCAAAACUGAGUUUUCAAUAUGAAUCCAUGAGUUAAGGAUUGUGUUGAGUGCCUGUAGAUAGAGUAGUGAAUAUUGAUUAAUGAAUCAAAGUAAAUUUUUGAAGUUUAUUCUGUA